CCGACCACCUGUAAACUAGGAAACUAAACUGUGUUCGGCUGUUGGUUAAUAUGUCGGCCUGCACCUGAAAAGACCUAAUUCAAUUAUAGUUAGCGACACUUAUAGUGUUAAUUGUACCGGGGUAGUUAUUCGGGUGGUAUACGUUGUGUAACUUGUGAAAUAGAGUGUAGAUGGGUAAGACUUUAACAUAUUUUAUGGAAAUUUUGUGAAAUAUGUAAAACCCUUGAUCGAGAGUUCGUAGUUUAGUUUCAGGGUGUUAAGCAAUAAUGUAUAUGUAUGAAGUUGAGAAUUAGUUUCACAGUUAGAAUUCUGCGUAUAAAUAUGGGGUGUUUGAAAAACUUUAUCAUAUCCCAAAUCACUUUGUGCGUUGUAAAGUUACAGCUGAAAUCAGAAACUUAAAGAAAGAUAAUACGGUAUGAAGAUUUCGAUGAAACUAGUUCCGUUUGCGAUGUUGCUAUUCCUGACCUGCGUAUUGAAGGAAGCGUCAACUUCAAAUCAACAGUUGUAUAAGAAAGCAAUCAUGAGUCUGGAUGCAUCUACUGUGCGGUUUUUGCGGGACAACAUGUGCGUUGUUGUGCGCAAAAUCAGAGGCAACAGUCGUGGAAUUGCAAGAUGGAGUAAGGUUAUGUUUUUCUGUCGGAAUUUAGAGCAGUCCACCUUGUCGACGGUGAUUUGCAGUCAAGAGUGCAUAAAUCCGGUCACUUGCCGGCAGUUUCGUGGAGUGAAAAGUGUUCCGGUGCCUGGUGCGGUCAACGUUGUAAUGAGAGAUGGUCAACGUCAAACCAUCACUUUGAACACGGCGUGCAUUUGUGUUGCUCGCGAGAGGUCGACAAAGAGUUGUGUAAAGCGCAGAAAUUAAAUCCUAUACAGAAAUAACGGGUUCUAUUCGUUGUACAAACAUAGAGUUCCUUUUGCCGUGUUUUGUUAUUGAGUUGAAUAAAAGCAA